UUGCCUGUGGCAGUGGUCGGGUCGCUAGUUGAGCACGAAAUUCAAGAUGGUUGACUCUUGAAGAGUCGAAGCUCUAAAUUUUGGUUUUGUUAAAAGUUUCCUUCACCCCCGUAAGCUUAGGAUGUACUCUCCUAAGAAGUUCGGCGUCAAAUACGAACCACCAACCCUGGUUUUAUUCUAUGUGGACAAAGCGACGGACAAGCUACACAGGAGGUCAAUUCCAGUGCGGAAGUUUGAUGGAGAUUCAAGCAUACAAAACACUGCUAAUGAGCUAAAAAAGAGCUCCCAUCAUGGCAAGUUCAUUGAGGGCAUACCACAAAAACAGAUUGAAAAACUUUUGAAACUCAUCCAAGACAAAAUAAAGGGCUUGGAACCUAAACCCACUCCAACUGAGAACAAACCAGCUGCCCAAGUUGACCCAGAUAAAAACCUUAACAAGUUGGGAGAUGAUGAAUUGAAUAAAGUUAAAGCAGCAAUGGACAUUGACUUUGAAAAGAACAGGAUAAGGCCAGGUGAUGAAGACUUUGAAUAUGACAAAGAGGUUGAUUUUGGAGAUGCAGGGAAAAUAGAGUCUGGAUGGGAUGAAGAAGACGACUACUCUGACCCAGACUUUUGAGAUAUUAGAGGAAUUUGGGAUGAACAAUUUAAAAUACUGUAUAUAUAGAUGAUAAUUGCAGUCUAUGGCCUGUAGAAAACGUUUUAGGGGAAAUGAUUUGGUAAAUCUCAAAACUAUUUAAAUAUUUUAAUGAAUAGAGCCACACCAUGAAAUGAUAACGAUGUUAUCAUAACAUUAAUUUGUAGGUGGCUUUAAAAGGUAACUUUUUAAAAUAUUUUAGGCAUAGAAUGCAGUUGUAAAGUUCUAGCUGGGUAUAGGAACCCUGAAUUUAGGGAAAGGAACCUUAGAAAUAUAGGAAAAGGAGACAUCUUGUAUUCUCUGUGUUCAGUCCAAACUUGCUCUUAUUCACGUGUGAGCUUGUGACAGCGUUGUGUUACAUAGUGUUACAAUGCAUGUGUAUAAUGUUUAUGAUCACGAUGACACAAGGCAACAAGAGAUAAAGUAUAUAAUCAGUAAAAUAGAAAAUGCACACAAAUUCCCUAGAGUAAGAAGACCUGUGUGGAAAAUACAUCAGAUAUAUGUACUUUAAAGGCACAUGUCAUUGUGUUUUAGCAUAUAUUUUAAAGUGUGUUUUACUAGUUGUUUUUACUUUUUAAUCAGUGUAUUGACUUAAUUUACUGAAAACAUUGUCAUUUUGAAAUAUAUAUCUUACACUUUGAAAUAGAUUUGAGCAAAUUCGUAGUUUGUAUUGAAUGUGCCGUUGAUAUAUUCAUAAAAAUGGGAUUGAAAAAAAAACAUUCAUAAAACAUUAUAUCUUUGAAA